AUGCCUUCCGAGGAAUCCAGCCCUCUCUUGGGCGCCAGGCAUGGGGCUGAAGGGAUCCUUGAAGCCUCUGCGCUGGAUAUUUAUCUGAGCAGAGUCCAGAACCGGAAUCUCUACCUGGCCACGUUUGCUGCUGUGUUGGGACCGCUAAGUUUCGGGUUUGUCCUCGGUUACAGCUCUCCAGCUAUUCCAGCCCUGAAGAAAAGCAACAACCCAGAUUUAAGGCUAGAUGACAACCAAGCAUCUUGGUUUGGGUCUAUAGUAACUCUGGGCGCUGCAGCUGGCGGAAUCCUGGGAGGUUACGUGGUAGAUAAAGUCGGCAGGAAGCUGAGCCUGAUGCUUUGUGCACUCCCGUACGUUAUUGGCUUCACGAUAAUAAUUGCUGCCCAGAGCAUCUGGAUGCUUUACGUCGGCCGACUCCUGAACGGCUUGGCCAGUGGCGUCACGUCCUUAGUGGUUCCGAUAUAUAUUUCUGAAGUGGCCCACUCCAAGGUUCGAGGCAUGCUGGGCUCCUGCGUUCAGCUGAUGGUGGUGAUGGGCAUCCUGGCAGCUUAUGUGGCAGGCACGGGGCUCGAGUGGCAUUGGCUGGCAGUCCUGGGCUCCAUUCCACCCUGCUUCCUGCUGGGGAUCAUGGCUUUCAUGCCCGAGACGCCUCGUUUCUUGCUGCAUCAGAACAAGCGCUCGGAAGCUAUCGCUGCUCUGCAGUUUCUGCGGGGACCCCUGGUGGACCACGAGUGGGAAUGCAGCGAGAUUGAAGCAAACACUGGCGAGCAGCCUCAGAAACUGGGUAUAGCAGAGCUCAAGAAUCCAGCCAUCUACAAGCCGUUCCUAAUUGGAGUCACCUUGAUGUUCUUCCAACAAGUGUCGGGGAUCAAUGCCAUCAUGUUUUAUGCGGAAACGAUCUUUGAGGCGGCCAACUUCAAGAACGCCAGUGCUGCAUCUGUCAUUGUGGGGUCGACCCAACUCUUUUUCACGGCCGUGGCUGCUCUCUGCAUCGACAGAAUGGGAAGGAAAAUCCUUCUCAUUGUAUCAGGGGUCAUCAUGGCCAUCAGCGCAGCAGUGUUCGGGAUCUAUUUUAAGAUAACAGCCCCAAGUCUCGGAAACUCCACCUUCAUCAACCCACCGGGUGCCGGACUCAUGGAAGAAGAGUACAACCUCUCGUGGCUGGCAGUGUUGAGUCUGGGUCUCUUCAUCACGGGUUUUGCCCUGGGCUGGGGCCCCAUCCCAUGGCUGAUAAUGUCUGAAAUAUUCCCCCUCCGAGCACGAGGAGCAGCCAGCGGUGCCUGCGUUUUAACUAACUGGCUCAUGGCGUUUCUAAUAACCAAAGAAUUCCAUGACUUCAUGAUUCUCCUGACUCCUUAUGGGACAUUCUGGCUGUUCUCUGCUACCUGCCUUCUCAAUGUGCUCUUCACUGUACUUUGCGUACCUGAAACCAAAGGAAAGACCCUAGAAGAGAUAGAAACUUACUUCCAGAGAUCAAGUCAGCCACCUGCAUUCUAAGGGAAGAAAUCUGCAGUCUUUCCUCUAGGAUU